AUUCAGCAUCACGAUGCACCAUAGCCAAAUUACCUUUUUGAACAAAAUGUUCUAGAAAGUUGCGAUCCGAUUUGUAUAAUUUUUGAUUUAUAAAAAAUUAAUUCAUUUUUAAUGAGAACGCAGACAAAAACUUGUUUGUGUCUGGAUGGCCUUAAAUACUAGAUGGUAAUAAGUAUCAAGAUCAAAUAAAACGAAAAAGUUAUGAGUAGAAAAGAAAGUUCCUAUAAAUUGGUUGUUUCUGAACGUACUGAUACUGCGUUUGUUUGUUGCCAGUGAAUAACCUUCCCUCUUGAAGGUUAAUUUGGAACUACACUCUACAGCUAAAUUACGCCAUAUUUAAUCCUCGUGUGGUGAAAGUUGUCACAAAAUUGAAAAAAUGUAUAAUAUUCUUUGUAAUAUUUUGUUUAUGUAUAAUUAAGAAUUCUAGUGCAAUCAUGGCGAAAGAUCUUAACAACAGCAUAGAACAAAAUGCACCGAAUAUCAAUGAAGAAGAUGCUGAAAAGUCACUUGUUGGGAAAUUCAAAUCUAUUAUCAGCAAUACACCUUUGUCCAAAUGGUUUCGAAGGACUGAUGAUAACAGAUCAACAAUUAGGAGACGAGAUGAAGAAAACGACGAUGAAAUAAGUCAGAUGCAGCCUCCUGCAAAACGAGCAAGAUUCCCCAAUAUUGCUUCAGCAAGUAGUUUCAGUAAUUUAUUAUCUAAUAGUGAAAAUACAAUUAUAAGUGAAACGCAUAUAAAUAAAACUUACAACCACUUCCCAGAGCCAGUGGCCGGUCCUUCUGGUUUAAGAUCGCAAAAGCUGCUUAAUAGUGUUAAUAAUACUUCAAUUAGUGCUAGGAAUACAUUUAGUAAUGACUUGUUAAAUGGACACAAAGACUCUGAUAGUGAGGAAUCUACAAGUGGUUACUCAUCAGUAGCUAGGAUUGGCAGUAAGGAACAUGUUUCUCAUAGCGAAGGAAGUUCCAAACAGCCUUCUCCAUUACAAACUAAUUCACCUAAUGCUAGGUCCUUAUUUCAAAGUCCAGUUGUCAGCACAAAUCGAUCACUAUUUUCUGAGAGGACUGCAAGCCCCCAAUUAAAUACAUCUCUAAGUUCAAGGAGGCCCAGCUUCAAUGCAUCAACGUUUGGAUCUCCAAACUUUAUCGAUAAAACUAUAUCAACGGAAAAAAUAAUUAAUUCACCAUUUUAUAAUGGAACAACAAUAUAUGGAGGUGCUUCAGCAUAUGGGAGCAAACUCGGCAGAAGCGCAAAGGACCUUAGGACUUCUCUUAAAAGGUCAGUCCGUAUCAAACCUAUUAAUAGAGCCAGAGAUGGUGGAAGCUUGGUAUUAGGUAAAACAGCAAGAAAAAUUUUAGAGACUUUGGAACAGUAUAGCACUCCUGUAAAUGAUGCCAAAAAGAUACCAGUUACAUCAAAAAGAUUUCGACCUGAUAAUAGUUUAAUUGGCAGAUAUGUAGGAGUUAAUCCUUAUAUUAAACAUGGAGAAACCCCUUCAAAUAGAGAACUUCAAGUACCUACAGUGUCAGAUUUAUUGAAAAUGAAACAGAAAGCUAAGUUACAAAGCAGCACAGAGGCUGUUAGACAAAUUGCCAUAUCUUCCAAGUCAGAUUUAAAUGCUGUACCACCUCAAUCUUCAUCAAAACCUAAUGAUACGAAUCAAAAAACACCUGAAAAGUCUGAUGUAGUGGAAAAAUCAAAAGAAAAGCCCAAGAUAUCUACCCAGAAGGACAAAUCUCAAGUUCCUUCAGGUCUUCCUGUUUCAUCUCUACCUAAAAUUGACGUUCCUGCUCCUGUAACAAAGAAACCUCUUGAUAAGAUUAUCUCUUUUACAGAAAAACCAUAUGUUUUACCUAUUUCAAAACCUCAAAACGUUCCCGAAUCUCGUAGUAAUGUAGAUAUCAACAAGAACUUCCAAAGAGAUCUACCAACAGUUAACUCGCAGUAUAAGUUUUCAAAUCCUUUGGUAAUAGCUGAGAAUCUCAAGAGCAUCGUUGCAAUGAAUAAUUUCAAAUUUAGCGAACCAUUAUCAAACUGGACUAAAACUGAUUCUAACAAUGGUUUAACUACACCUUUUGCUAAACCAAUAAAAGAUAAAAAUAAUGGUCAAACUAAAAUUAAAGAUGUGUUGCCGAAUUCUUUGCUGAUGGAUAAAUUUAAACCAUCCACAGGAAUGUGGGAAUGUAGCUGUUGCCUUAUCAGGAAUCAGCCAGAAAAGACCAAGUGUGUUGCUUGCGAAGCUCCUAACCCAAAGCUGAAACCGACACAGCCUGAAUCCAAAAAAUCUUUAACAUCUUUUGGAGAAAAAUUCAAAAAGACAGAUAGUAUGUGGGAAUGCCCUACUUGCAUGAUCAGAAAUACAAUUGAUAGUGCCAAAUGUGUUGCUUGUGAAACAGUUAACCCAAAAUCUACUACAUUGGUGUCAUCUUCAUCAACGCCAGGUUUCCAUCAACCUCCAGCAAAAACCUGGGAGUGUUCCACGUGUUUGAUAAGAAACAAGGAAGAACUUAGUAAAUGUGCUGCUUGUGAGACUCCCAGAAUUAGUAAGCCAGCUGCUACCAAUCAGUUACCGAAUUCUUUUAAAAUCAAGGAUGAUGAAUGGGAAUGUACGGUAUGCAUGAUUAGAAACCAAUCAGAACAUGCUAAAUGCCAAUGUUGUGAAGCAUCCAAGCCAGGUGUCAUUUCAAAUGUAGUUGUACAAGAUACUCCAAACAAGCAGGUACCAAAAUUUAACUUUGGAAUUGAUCAGAAAUUAGCAGCUUCAUUCAGUUUUGGUAUUCCACCAUCAUCUAAGGUGCCUAGUUUACCAAAACCUGUGGAACCAGUUGUGACAGUUGUAGAUGCCCCAAAGACAAAUAAUACCACAUCGACACCUACUUUUUCAUUUGGUGCUACUACCAAAAAUGAGAAGGAAAAACCUGUUGAAGUUGCUAAACCAGCUGAAAAUAAAACAACUUUGCCAAUUUUAGCUCCAAGUACAGCAGUAGUUAAACCUGUUGUUAGUGUACCACAGAAUACUGAAGCUAAAUCAACUUUCAAAAUCACUACUACUUCUACACCAACUCCUGUGGUUUUAAGUGAUACUACAGACUCUACUGGUACCAAACCUGCUACUCUAAUUACUUUUAAUGCACCUGCUAAGCCAACAUUUAGCUUUGAAGCUAAAGAAGACAACAAAGACAAGGCUGCAAAAACUGUUUCUUUGGUACCAAAGUUUGAAUUUGGAAAAUCUACAAAUCUCCCAUCAUCCAAAGAGGUCCAAAAGCAACCUACUGCAGCUCCAAUGUUUUCGUUUGGAGAUACACAAAAACCUGUCAGUUCUGCUUCCGUAUUUGGCCAAAAUAAAUUGCCCGUCUUAACUAACAGUGUUGCAAAACCUGCUCCCACUUUUGGAGCUGCAGGUAGCAAAGCUUUGAAUUCAUCGGUUUCCAAACCUGUAGAAACCAAGCCGUUUUCCUUUACGAAGGCACCGGACAGUGGGGAACCCGCUAGUAAGGCGACAAUGUUUAAUUUUGGCCAGUCUGCGGGAUCUGCAAUGAACGCACAGCCUACUACACAAGCCGCCGGAUUCAAUUUCGGCCCGGUCACAAAAUCUCCCGUAUUCAACUUUUCCGCCGCUAAAAAUGAAGCGCCAGCCGGGCCGACGGGAGCUCCAGCUGGUCCAACAGCAGUUCAGUUUGGUGUACCCAUUACCAGUGGAAAUAAGAAUGGGAUAUUCACGUUUGGAGGCCCCUCUCAAAAUGCGGCACCUACAAAAACUGGUUUUAACUUUGGCGCUCCCUCGGCCGCUCCAUCUACUGGAUUUAAUUUUGCAGGUGCAGCAGCAGCUGCCCCGGGAGCACCAGUAGCACCUACGGGAGGAUUCAAUUUCACCACGACAACUUUUGAUGCAACAGCCAAACCUUCCUUCAAUUUUUCUGAAAAUCCUGUGACAUUUUCAGCCCAACCAACGGACGGCGGUCUAGCAGCGCCCAGAAAGAUAAAGAGAGCAGUCAGGAGGACGCGAUAGUUGUACUGCAGUGUAAAUAUGGUCGGACAUAAAGUAUUCUUAAGUAAGCGAUUGUUUGUGGGUGAGAAGUGAGUGUUAGAUUAAUAACAAGUUGGGUAGUUAUAACUUGUCAUAAUCUCUGACUGGAAACCGUGUAAGAUAAAAUUCAAAAUAAAAUAUUAUGUCCUAAUCUUUUAUUUUAAAACUUUUUAAACUCGAUAAUUCAAUUUAAUUUUUUUUUAAUCAAACUGCAAAAGUGAUUUUAAUUAUCCAAUAAGCACUGAAAUCGUUACAGGGUGAUUGAGAAAUAUGUAUUUAGGUUACGAAUGGCAAGAAAUAAUAAUAAUAAUGAUGAUUAAAUUUGAAAAUUAGCAGCUUCUGAGUGAAAAAGUAUUAGUUAUUUGUACGCCCUAUACGAGUCGUAUAACUUCUGAAUAACAAUUUAUUUCUUACGCUUCUUAUUUAGUGCAAUUCUGAUGUAACGGUGAUUUUGAAGGGUUAUAAUAAUCCGACUUUGUCAUGUAACUUAUUGUAUUUUUAAAUAUUAUAGUGGGGAAUGUGUAUAUUAUAUUAAAAAAAAAAGACAGCAAAAAACAGGGGAAUUUUGUUUUCAGACCGAUAAAUGUUAGCCUAGGUAUUUUAAUAGUUCAGGCGAUCCGUGAAAAUUGUACGAAAACCCGCAGAAGUCCAACUUUUUGAAACGCUUGUAAUAUAAUGUUGAAAUUGUAGAAAAUUUAUGAUAAUACCCGGGACUCGCGGAGCGAAAGAUUAAUAUUCACAGAUACGCUUGAUGUACAGGGUGUUUAUUUUUAUUCUUUUUUUUUAAUGUCCAUCGUUAAGGAGUCUCAGAAAUAAAAAAAAACGGUAGUAAAUAAAUUAUUGGUGCAACAAUUUGGGGUUUUAAGAUCAAUAGUUGCAUAAUUGCAUAUUAACAUGUGGAAAAGAUAUUUGGAGGUGCUGAAGGUGUAUAAAAAAGCAAAAAAGAAAAAAUCAGAAUGAAAGACAGAAAAAUGUGUGACACCUAAACAUUCAGUUCAGUCUCCCCUAAGUACUGCAAAUCAGUCAAGUUUGAAGUGGUAUUAGAUUAUCCUAAAAAAGCUAUUGGGGGGUACAACUUUUCUGAUAGUAGUAAUAGCAGCUAUUCUUUGUAUUCAAGUAAAAAUUAUCAUGUAUUUGCUAACGACAGUUAUUCAUCUACCUCUUCUCCUAGCUUACCAGAAUUUUCUGUUUUUAAAACUCCCCAUACCCCGCUCUUACUAGUUAUUCAUACCAAGAUCCUCCUAGCGCUUUGGCUUGCAAUUUCAGUAAUUAUGCCAAACAAUUUAGUAAUCA